AUGGAUAACGGAGACAGGUCGGGGGCUGGCGCGGGCGCCGUCGGCAGCGCCGGGAGCCUCGGCCUCCGCGUCGGGCAGGCGGUCUUCUCGUCGGCGUCGCUGCUGUUCAUGUCAGUUGGUGUCGAGUUCUUCAGCUACACCGCCUUCUGCUUCCUGGUGACAAUCAUGGGCCUGGUCAUCCCGUGGAGCUGCACGCUGGCCAUGAUCGACGUGUACUCCGUGUUGGUGGGAUGCCCUCUGCGCGUGCCGGGCGUCAUGGUCAUCGUCGUGGUAGGAGACUGCGCGCUGUCGAUCGUCUCGUUUGCCGCCGCGUGUUCGAGCGCCGCGGUGAUCGACCUCCUCCUCCAGUUCCACGGAUCCCACUGCUCCCCGAGGUUCUGCGGGAGGUACCAGCUGUCUGCCAUGAUGGCGUUCUUGUCCUGGUUCCUCAUGGCCGCUUCUGCUAUCUUCAACCUCUGGUUCAUCGCCUCACGGUGGUAG